AUGACGCAUUUUCGCCCCUCCCCCUCUUUUACUAAUUUAAGCAGUGAGCACAAUAAGGACAGAGGAAUCGGAGGCGUUCAUCCUGUACGUCUUCAACGUUUAACUUUUCCCCAUGAAACGGCUCUCGUAACUUUGCAACUGUCGUCGGAUGCUUCUUCCGGUGACGUUAAAAACGUCUGGAUAGCGAUUGACAGAGGUAGGACUUCAUCAGUGAUAUUUUUACAUAUUUCGGGAGGGGAUUUAAGAAAACUGAAGCAACUGUCAGAAUCCGAAUCACUGAUUGAGCCACAUCUCAAAUUAAGUAAAUCGUAUCUAGGCUUUUGA